CCGCCCGCGCUGCGCACCUCUCGCGAUCGUUCCUCUCCGCCAUCUUGGUGCGGAGGCGGCCGGCGGUCACCGGGACGAAGGGGGUCAGAGGCGCUGCCCGGCGCGUCCCGCCCGGUCUCUGUCCCUCCCGCCAUGCUCUCCCGUCUCAUUCUCCGCGCCGCCCCGGCCGCGCUCAGGUCCCUGCCGCCCCCAGUCGCCGUGAGUGUAUUGCACUCAAGACCGCUGCAUACAACCCAACAAUGUUCAUCUCCUUUGCCGCCUCUGCCUGAGAAAGGAGGAGAAGUACGGCAUGGUUUGAUCCCCGAGGAGUUUUUCCAGUUUCUGUAUCCUAAAACAGGAGUUACAGGCCCUUACAUGUUGGGAACCGGACUCCUGCUUUACUUUCUCUCAAAGGAAAUCUAUGUGAUUAACCAUGAGACGGUUGCAGCUGCCUGCAUUUUGUCAGUCCUUAUUUAUGGCAUAAAAAAAUUUGGACAUGAUGUAGCGGCUUUUGCUGACAAACUUAAUGAGGAGAAAAUUGCUAAAGUGGCAGCUGUGAAGAAUGAGGCUAUUAAGAAUCUGGAGUCUGCAAUUGAGGAGGAGAAGAAGGAGCAGUGGCGGGUCGAAGGCCGCAGUUUCCUCUUUGAUGCCAAGCGGAACAAUAUUGCAAUGCUGCUGGAAGCAAACUACAGAGAAAGAUUGCUGAUGGUGUACAAUGAAGUGAAGAAAAGACUGGACUAUCAGGUUGCAAUGCAGACCUUGAAGCGCCAGAAGGAACAGGAUCACAUGAUUCAGUGGGUGGAGAAAAACGUUGUCCAGAGCAUCACACCUCAGCAGCAGAAGGAGAGCAUCGCGAAGUGCAUUCUGGACCUGAAGGCGUUAUCAAAGAGUGCCCAGGCAGCACUGUAACCACUUCUGAUUCCGCUGACAUGUGUCUCCUUUCUGUUGGAAACUGUAUGGUUCUAAAGUGUCAUUAAACACAGACAAACCAACCA